CAGAAGCGAAGGGAGGGAAGGUGAACUUGAAGGUCGGCCGCCUACAGGGGCCAAUGGCGGGCCACCUUAACCUGGUCGACCAGCUUCCAGCAGGGUUGCUCGAAAAGAUCACCGAUGCGGACUGGGCCACUGAUGCGAGAAGGGAGCAGAGCUGCGGGCUGGUGGGAGAGUUCCUGAGCCGUCAGGCAGAUUUCGCAUCUCUAGUUGGCCAGCUCACGCAGGUGGAGGGGAGCCCCCUGGAAAAGUUUUGGGGUGGUGCUGAAGAAUGGAGGAAGAGGGGCAAUGAGGCGUUCAAAAUUGGGGCGCGGGCGAAGGCGGUGGAGUGCUAUACCAAGGCGCUGCAGUUUGCCCCCAGCGAUGGCGCCUCCGGCAGCGCCCCCCUGGCGCCUCUCUUCUCCAAUCGGGCGGCCGCUCUGGAGAAACUGGGAGAGGCUGCCGCAGCACUUACUGACUGCGCUCGAGCCAUCGAAGUGGAUCCUCAGUUCAGCAAGGCAUGGUAUCGGAGGGGAAAAGCACGGGCUGCGCUGAAGGACCUCUCUGGAGCUGUAGGCGAUCUUGAAACAGCGCUGGAGAUUGAGAGUGGGGGAUCUUCCUCGCCUGAGUUGAGGGGUGGUGGGGUAGGGGCGAAGGUCAAAAGCUUAGGGAAAGGGGUAGCGGACGCAAGAAGGGAUACCUCCAAAAGCGGCGCAGAGGCGACAAAGGGGGUGGUAGCGUCAGGGAGCGCCAAGCAGAUUGCAAUUGAGCUGGAGAAAGUGCGGGCCUUGUUAGCAAGUGGGGAGCAUCCAGCCAAAUCAGAUGACGCACAAGCAGCCACACGGCAGAAAAAUCCGGAGAGAGGGAAAGUUGCCCAUUUGGAAAGCCUCUCAGUAUCCGAGUUUGAAUUUCGACAGGGGCUCGAGCAGCCAACAUCCUUGCUGGCAGGCGCAGAGGUGUUUCAUCACUCAGGGAGUGGGCGGGGGCUGAGAGGUACAAGGUCAUUCGCACCAGGGGAUGUUGUGUUGGCUGAGGAGCCCUUUGCGGCUGUUCUGCUGAAAGAGCGGCGAGCGACGCACUGUCACCACUGCUUUAAGGCGCUUCCGCUUAACUCUCUUCCCUGCAGCGGGUGUGCGGGACCGCUGUUUUGUCGGGAGAGGUGCCGGGACGCUGCGCUUGAGAGAGCGUUGGUGGAAGACGUAACCUCGAAAGAUACUGGAGAGGGGGAAGAGGAGGUUGAAAGGAGAAGCGCAGAACGGAGGUCGAUUGAACCAGACAGAGUCGCAGACAGGUCGGUCAAAGAGGGCUCGAAGAGGGUGUCGGAUUGUGAGAGGUCCGAAAGCGGGCAGGGUGCAGAAAGCAAGUGGAACGGAGAACAUGCCCACGAGUGUGGGGGUGCCAGCUGGGCUGCAAUUCUCCCCCUCGAUGCAGUGCUUGCGGUGCGAGUGCUAGCCAGGCUUGGAAGGAAACAAGCUGCAGGAUGCGACGGGCCAGUGGCUGAUGACUUGGGUGCUUCAAAGGUCUCCUCUUUGUGCCACCACCUCGACCGCGUCCCAACCUCCGAGCGGCCCACGCUGCUCGUGCUCGCCUGCACUGCCGCUCGGUGCGCCCAAGCCUCGGGGAAUGACGUCACACCUGCAGACGUGCUGCUGACGAUCGGCCGCCUCAGAGCGAACGUGAUGGCGGUCAAUGAUGUCACCUGGACUGCUGGGCGCUCAGAAGAGCGGGCGGAGAGUCCGUUCCAAGGAGCGAAUGGUGCAACGGAACGGGAAAGGGCAAAGACUGGUUCCGCAGGGAACCACACGGAAACGCUUCUGAGCGGGAAGAACGGGGAAGCAGAAGUUGGUCGGCAUCCUGCGUUGAAAGACAAAUCUAGAGAUGGUUUUCUGCGGACAGAGGGGAUGACGGAAUCACAGUCGAAGGUUGAUCCCAGUCUCGUUUUCGAGCAAGUACAGCUGGGCCAGGCGCUCUACCCGACCGCCAGUCUGCUUAACCACUCCUGUGACCCCAGCGCGGCAGUCUCGUUUGCGGGUGACCGGGUCUGUGUCAGGGCGGUGAAGCGGCUUCAGCCUGGGGAGGAGCUGACUCUGAGCUACGGGCCGCAGAAAGGGGAGACGCGGACCGCGGACCGCAGGAAGUGGCUCUGGGAGCGGUACGCGUUUGUGUGCAACUGCGGGGCGUGUGCAGGGGAUCAGACGUCGGACGUCCUCAUGACCGGCCUCAAGUGUCCGCAAUCCAAGUGCGGGGGUGUCGUGCCCCAGCAUUCUGCCGUCGGAACCUUCCGCUUCCUGGUAUCAGGAGAUGCCCUCCAACCAGACGAAGACCGUGCCGCCACAAACGGUGCCCCAUCUAGCCUUCCGUUGGUUCCUCCGCCAGAGACAGCGGUUACGGAGACGGAACUUGACACUUCCGGAAGGGUUCAGACCGAAACCCAGUCAGGUCAGGCGAGCGGUGUCGUUGAUGCGAAAGAGGGGGUGUGCUCUGACUGCGAUCUGGACCCCCCCGACGUGGUGUGCCGCGAGUGCGGCGGCCGCCUGCUGUGCUUGGAGUGCGAUAGCCACGUGCAUCAACUGAGGAGUAAGCGGAGAGGGGGCCACGUGCGGGAACGGAUACGAAGCAAAGCGGGAAGCGGAGAGAAAAACUUCGUGGGCGGAUCUGAGGGCUCGCGCGAAGCGAGUGAAGCAGCCGUAGACAGUGUGUCAGCGGAAGACAGCAUAGGUAAGGAUAGGAAGCAGACUGAGAGCGAGGCUUUGGGGGCCCAGAUAGUGGCAAGAACUGCCAAUUCGCCAGCGGAAAAAGAAAAAGUCAGCUCCAUGAAGGUAGAGGACAGAAACAAAGAGCAUGACCGGACUGACUGUGAAACUGAUACCACCGACAGGUCGACUGGGGCUGGAAACGCCCUGCUGCCAUCGCAGACCAGCGGGUCUCGAGAGGCGGUCCCCACAGCAGGCGGUUCUUCCAAAGCGACACAGCAUACCAGCAUUCAAAAUAACCCAGUUCUAAUUACGGAACCAGCAAGCAGCCCGAUAGAUAGUAACGAUUUGAGUAAAGUAGAAAGGGGUCGCUGCGCUGCGUGCGGAACGGUGGUGGACGUGUCGGAGAUUAUAGCGCGAGUGGAAGCUGCCUGGGCUGCGGCAAAGGGCCGCAUGCCGUACCUGGAAGCAGCAGAAGAAGCGCAUGCAGUGGCCACGGGAGCGCUGCACCCGCUGAACAGGAAACUCGCGGAGUACGAGGACCACCUCGCGGAAGCGUGCGCCCAGGCGGGCCGCCAGGAAGACGCACGCCGCCACUGCCGCAGGUCUGUCCAGAUUCUUGAGUAUCACUACCCACGUGGCAGCCUCCCGCUGGCUCACGAGUUCGCGAAGCUGUCUUCAAUAGCGAGGGCUGCAGCAGAUGGCGACGAAGCCGCCCAGAUGGCGCGGAAAGCGGAGGCUAUCUUGAAAGCACACUACGGUUCGAUUUAACGUCUUUGGAUCCCGUCAGUCAUGGACCCGCAGCCGUGCUCUGUCGUCAAAAGCGUUUCAGGCCCAGAGACUUCUGGACAAAUUACAUGGGAACGGCAUCAAUUGUGGCCGCGGCACCUUAAGGGCUGCCCAUUCAUGCCAACAUACAGUAGUGCCGGCAAUCAUGGAUAGAUGUUACAGUCUGUACUCCUAUCGAUCCUUGAAUCCAGUCAAGCGUUGCAUGGUUUCCACCUUGGGAAGGAGAGAAUAGCUUUUGUGUCCAAUUCCGGAAAGAAAGGACGACGGUACGGAUGAAAGCACAAUCCGCAUAAGUUCCAGAACUGUAUGUAAGGGGCAAGCAUGUGGCCGAUCGAGGCUCACUUCGCCACUAAUGUAACGGG